AUGGCUUUCACUUACAAACAGGUCCUUAUGGUGGGCGCCACCGCUGGAAUAGGUGCUGCUAUGGCGGAGCGUCUUGUCCAACAAGGUGUCAAAGUGAUCGCAGUCGGCCGCAGACAGGACCGGCUUGACGCAUUUGUGGAGAAGCAUGGCAACGAGAAAGCCGGUGCCAUUCGAUUCGAUCUCCGAGACCGACAAAACACGGACAGCUUUGUUUCCCUAGUUACCAAAACCUAUCCAGAGCUGGACUGUGUUUUCUUGAAUGCGGGAAUUCAAAGCCCUAUCAACCUUGCUCAACCCGACAAAGUCAAUCUCGAGGCUUUCCACUCGGAGGUGUCUGUCAACUUCAGUGCCUUUGUGGACCUUACUAUCAAGUUCCUGCCCUUCUUGAUGGACAAGAAAUUUAACACCGGCCUAAUAUACACCGGGUCCAACUUAGCAAUUGUCCCUGCGACAGGAUUGCCAGCGUAUUCCGCCUCUAAAGCUGCUUUGAAUGCCUUCGUUCUUUGCCUGCGUGAUCAGCUGAGAAACUCGCGGGUCAAGGUCAUUGAACUGUCUCCUCCACCUGUGCAGACUGAAUUGCACGACUACAUGGGCGAGGAACAGGGACGCGAACUUGGCAUGCCGGUUGAUGCUUUCACAGAUGCAGCGUAUAAAGGUCUUGCUUCAGGAAGUGAUCAGAUUGUCAUCGGAUCUGUUGGACCGGCCAACACCUUCAACGAGAUUAUUGACAAGAGACGAACAGCAUUUGAGAAUUUGGCGAAGUUGAUGAGGGGAGAGAAGUGA